GUCCGGACGCCGCGGCUGCGGGCAGGUGGGGAGGGAGGGAUUGCGGAUGGCAGGCGCGCGCGUUUGCAAGAAAACGGAAUCGCUGCAGGAGCUGACACCUCUGUCCCCCGCCACGCCGCCCCCGCACUCCUCCCGGCAGCCGAGCCGCGCUGCGGGCGGCGGCGGCUCCUCUGUCCUCAGCUCACCUCCCCGGCGGGCUCAGGGCUGCCCGCCUGGUCCACGCCUCCGCCUCUCUCCUCACUUCCUUCCCUCCCGCCUGCUCGGCCCGAGCAACUUUACGGAGCUCCCGGCUGGAGCCGCAGAGGCGGGGGCCGCGGCCGCGCGGGGCCGAGGGGGGCGCGGACUGGGCGGCCGCCUACGGGAGGUGCGGGCCGCGUGCUCGCCGCCCUGGUGCCGCCGCCGCGCCGGGCGCUCCCGCAGCCGCGGGCUGCCGGUGGGCCCGGUCGGCGAGGGCGGGCAUCUGCUGCAGGCUGGAGCGCGGGGCCGGGGCCAGCCUCGCCGGAGCCCUGCCAGCUGCCAUCUGAGGCUGUCAGAGAUGACUCUGGUUCUGUCCAUGAAUAGAUUCUGCGAGCCCAUUGUCUCGGAGGGAGCUGCUGAAAUCGCCGGGUACCAGACACUCUGGGAGGCCGACAGCUACGGAGGCCCGAGCCCCCCAGGGCCAGCGCAGGCUCCUCUGCAGGGAGACCGUGGAGCCGGGCCCCCCCUGACAGGAUCACAUUACAGGGGAAUUUCAAAUCCUAUAACAACAUCCAAGAUCACAUACUUUAAGAGGAAGUAUGUGGAAGAAGAGGAUUUUCACCCACCACUCAGCAGCUGUAGCCAUAAAACCAUCUCAGUUUUUGAAGAACGAGCCCACAUCCUUUAUAUGUCCUUAGAGAAGCUCAAGUUUAUUGAUGAUCCUGAAGUGUACCUCCGAAGAUCUGUCCUGAUAAACAAUCUGAUGAAAAGGAUCCAUGGAGAGAUUAUCAUGCAGAAUAACUGGUGUUUUCCUGCCUGUUCUUUCAAUGGCACCUCUGCCCAAGAGUGGUUUAUGGCUCAAGACUGUCCCUACCGGAAGCGACCACGGAUGGCCAAAGAGGAGUGUGAAAAGUUUCAUGCCUGCUGCUUUUACCAAGAAUGUGGUGGUCACUACCUAAAUUUACCCCUUUCUGUCAAUGCUAAUGUCGGAAGUGCCUCCUCCUCCUCUUCCUCCUCCUCCUCCUCUUCCUCUUGCUCUUCUUCUUCCUCUUCCUCCUCCUCAUCUCCCUCUUCUUCUCCCGCUCUGCCUUUACCGAGUUGUUCCCACCAGGUAGAUUUUGAUGUAAGCAGCGCACCUAUUUACAAGGCUGAUGGCCAGAUACCUGCCAAUGAAAUCUUUGUUACUAACGUCAGGUCACUAGGUGUUCAGGAAAAGGCCAAGCUAAGUGAUGAGAAGGCCAGUAAUGACACCAACAGGGAUGAUGGCCUCCUAAGCCAUGAACCUGUAGGAAACGACCUUGCUUUUGAGUGCAAAGGCCAAUUUUAUGAUUAUUUUGAGACUGGAUAUAAUGAAAAACACAAUGUAAGUGAGUCUUGGAAAAAAUCCUUAAGGAAAAAGGAGCCUUCACCAAGUAACAAACUGUGCUGUAGCAAAGGAAGUAAAAUAUGAGCCAUCUUUUCACUGAAACUUUGAAGCAUGCACAGCAUGAUCAAUUAGCUCUCAUAAAUUUUAUUUUGAAUGGAUUUUAUAGUUUUGUACAACUGAUAAAACUAUGCCAUGAACAUGCCAUGUCAUUUUAAUGCCUGGAGAGCAGAUUGCACCAAACAUCUAUACAGUAGGCAUCAGCGAACUACUUAUAAGUGUGAUUUUAUCAAGAAAUCAGUUGACUUAAUGCUUAAAAGCAUACCUUAGUUUUCUUACAGAAGAGAUCAGUAGAUUAGACCAGGGGACAAUGUGCCCUUGUGAUAUUUCCAUUACCCCCCAAGGAGCCUGUCACUAGCUAAGAAACUUCCACAUGUUUGCCCGUUAAUUAGGUAGUAUUUGGUAAACAAAUCGAUAUAACCAGCAAAGGAUGUCUGCUUCUUUUAUAUGAUACAGUAUUUUUUCUGAAUAAAAGAUUGAAGACAGGGAGCUAGAUGAAAUGGCUUCAUGGUGCUGUUAAGUGUAUUUAACAGUCUUGUGUGACAGAUGAAAAUCAGACGUAAUGUAAUGAAACACUUGUCUGGGGUGGCGAUCAAUAAUAAUGCGGAGAGGGUGAUCCCUGCCAGUUCCUGGCUUGCCUGUUGAUGGAGGGGGUGAGGCUUGUGGAGAGGUGGUAUACAGGGCGAUUUCUGGUGCCUUACUUUAUCUUAAUUUUUGCCAAUGUGAAAAUUAAAGAUAAAUCAGAGUUACAGCAGGGAUUUAAACAGGAAAAAAAAAACACACAGGGUGGAUCAAUAUUGUUUGGAAACCAUUAACUUCGAACUAUUGCAUUCAACUUUUGAUUCAACAUCUCUAUUCUUCCUUUAUUUUUGAUGCCCAGUUGCUUUUGGAUUUGGCAUUUUUAGAAAGGGAUGGAGGACGCAAUAGAGAGAGCAGUUAGAAAUCAGCACUUAGCUGCUUGAGCUUUUCUAUGGCAACGGUCUGUUGCUGGGGUUGGGUUUUUUGGGUUUUGGAUUGCUUUGUUUUGUUUCCUUGUCCAAUGAAGUUCAUGAACCAGUGGCAUGCAUCAUAUUUUAAUCUGUUUUGCAUCAUUUCACUCGUUUAGAUUAUAAAAGCAUGUGAUUUUUUAUAUAUGACUUUUGCUGUUGAUUAAGAAGCACAAUGUUAAUAAAUGAUGUGGUGACCAAUAAGGUUUUAUCUUAAAGAAUGUAAAGAUUUUAGUUUCUGGAAAGUUAUUUUGGAGAAAUGGGACUUGGUCAGCAAUAGAGCUAUUGUGUAUUUGGUAAACAUUUUUCCCAAUGAUUUCUUUAAUUUGUACAUUUACAAAGAGUGUUUAGAGUGCCCCUCUGACCAUCCUUCCUUCCACUCCAGCCAGCUCCUCCUGCUAAACUGUACUGCAGUUUCCAAGGUUGCUAAUUGACUUGGGCCUCUUUAAAAAGUAUUUCACAGGAACUAAAUGCCAAACGGAGGAAAUAAAUUAAGUCCUCCCAGUUUCUCCAAGAUAAAGCUUUUUUUAUUAUUGCUAUUAAUAUUAAAUAUAGGUCUCAUUCAUACAGUGUAUGAGUAGGAUCAUCAUUUGGACAAUGUCCACAAGGACCAAUUUUUAAAAUACGUUCUUGUGUUAUGGCUGAAUAGUCUAGUAAUGUUUUGUCCUUUAUUUUCAAUAUUAGAUAAACAUUUGAUGUUGAAAACUUAGAUGAUAGAUGCUUGUAUAUGAAUGUAUUGUAAUAAAGUGAGGUUUUCUUGAUAUAUAUUUAUUAAAAUGAUGAAAAUUCAUUAAGAUUUUCUUAUUUUAAUGAUUAUUGACUAUGUUUCUCUUUUCCAUUGCUCUUUUUCCUUUAAAAAAAACUUGAAAUGUCUAGAAACUAUAGUGGGCAGUGGCCGUACAUGAGUUUUCAAAAUGAAAAAGUACUUUGGGAGGUCACUCUGACAGGUGUUUUAUAAUGGUCCUAGUUUAUGGGUUUUGUUUUCUGUGGAUUAAGAACAAAUGUUAAUAAGUGAUGUGGUUGGUGACUGAAACGGUUUUAUCUUAAAUAAUGUGAAGAUUUUGGUUUUUGUAAAGUUUCUGAAAAAAAAUAACCUAGCAUGAAGCUAUAAAUACUGAAUCCUAGCUGAUUCCCUUAGGAAAUGUCAAAUUGUCAAGGUGACCCAUUAAGUAAGUAGUCAAAACAGUUACAGAUUAUAGUUUAGUAGUUUCCCAUACAAUUCUGUAUUAAAGUUAUUCUUAGAGGCUAAUAACUUAUUUGAUAAAAAGGGAAAGCUAGUUGGGAGCGAAUUAAUUUGCAAAUGUAACAUUCUUAUGAGUGUAAUACAUUACAGAGAUUGAAAUAUGAAUGAAAAGAUUUACCCUUUUGCUUUUUAAAAGAAUUACCAGAUACCGGUUUUCUUGAUGGCCAGAGCUAUACAGUGGCAGCGUCGGUGAUUUUCACAGCACUCACUUGAGCUGCUGGCUUGUGCAGCUGCUCAACAGAACCCGCCAGAGCUUCUUUGCAGGAUGAGUGCUGCCUUUGAGUCCAGUAGCACUAAAAUUUGUAAUUUUUAGUGAUCAAGCUUUUGUUUGUAGGACAUUACCAGCAUACAAAAAGAAAUACUCUUUAUUUUCCCCCCACACACAAAAAAUGUUUCCCUAAACACCCAACCAACUAACAAAAUUUUCCUGUUGUUGGUAUGAGAGCAUUAGGGCCUGGUAUGUGCCUACAUUGUCAUUUCUACUCAGAAGAUGCUAAGUUAGGUUUUCCCAGAAUGGCCAAGGCACCCCUUUAUUGUAAGUUAGGUGUAUUAACUGGUUUCUCUAAUUAUAUCCUCCGAGAGUGGAAAAGCUAAGACUGCCCUCCUCCACCCCACGCUGCUGAAGACCCACCUGGAAUGAGCACCUUUUCUCAUUGCUCUGCUUUGCUUUAAGGAAAACCUUACAAAGCAGAAUCCAGACCUUUAAAAGUGAAAUGAGGGGAAGUCUUCACUUAAGAAAAUGGCCCAGCUCCCCAAGAAUACCUUUAAUUGCUAAUCCUUUAGGCAUCUAGGUGCAUGUCAUAAACUUAAUCAUUAACCUUUGCCUCUGGUCCUUCUUCAAAGUUGGCAGAAGUCGGUCUGGCACAGGUACUUUAAAAGAGGGAAGGUACCAUCCUCAUAUGCUUUCAGUCAUGGAAUCCUGUUCUGUACUUCACCUUGAAGGGUCCUGAGGACAGGAUUGCAGGAAUGGGGAUGUGGGAGGAAGUAAAAAAGUCAGAACUGGCAGAGGAGACUGACAAUCAGUCACUUUAGGGUAAAGCAUCUUUGGCAUGGUCUUUUAAGACAAUAGAAAUUGAGAACAUUUUACGUUCUCCUUUGUUAAGUAAAUGCUGAAGCAAGUGAAUGAACUUACUUAUUUUUAGAAAUCAUAGUUAACUCCAUCAAAGCACGGCUACCCGCCCCUCCAAUCAUGGACUUGUAACUCAACCCCACUUGGUUACUUCCUCUCCGUGUAUCAAGAGAGCCAAGAACAACUUGCAGAAGAUACAGGUGUUGAGAGAUGUCAACUUCACAGUCAAUAAAAGACAAAGAUACAAGGAUUCAUAUGCAACGCAGCUAGGGUUUUAUAUCCCUCCAAAAAAUUGUGAGCAGAAAAUGGUUUUGAAAAUAAUUAGUUCUUCAAAUCCAUUUUUAUGACAGCCUCUUAAAUUUGAAGUCAUUUUAUUCAUAGCAAGGUGAUCACAUCCCUGCCAAUUUUACCAGGCCUUUUCAAAACCAAGGUUCUGCAGGGCAUUAACACUGAUGGUUUAAACUAGAUGCAGAACUGUCCCAUGAAAGAAUGAAAUCAAUAUUGGAUUAAUAGAGACAAUGUAUGUUUUCUAGUAACUCAUUUUAAGAUUGCUCUGUUUUGAUUCUGUGGUUUAAAAAAUAAAUAUGACAAGGAUCUUUUAAGUAAUGACACGAUGCCUCCAUUACUUUCUUAGAGUUACAGUGCGUACAUGCGAGGUAUAUUCUGUUCACAUAGCUAGAACUUCUCCAUUUUAUGUGAUAUAGCUACAUGACCUGGGGUGAAAACAGUUGCUAGUUAGAGAUUAUUUCCAGCCCUGUGUACAAGCUGUAUUGGAGCUGGGAGUACUCACUUAGGGAAGUACUUGCAAAGAUGUGAGUUAUGAACACUUGAAUCUCGCAUCCUGCCAUAAAGUGCAUCAGCAAGUGAGUUUAAUAAAACAUGCUGUUUAAAAUAGUCUGUAAUUUCCUGUUUCUGCAUUUCCCUUCAGUAUCUGUGACAGGCUGAAGAAGGAUGACUAAACGGAGGGAAUUUACACAAGCAAGUCUGGUGGUGUUUGCAAACCAUCACCACGAACUUCAUCUUCUUUGGUAAACAAUUCUCUGGUGGGCUGUCUAUGGUUGUUUUUUUUUCCUUGGUGUUGGUCCAAUUUGUUAAUUUUGAAAAUGCAAACUACUUAUUCAUAGCCUGGAAACACCUGCUUUUGACCACAGUGAAACUGAUAGAAUGUAUGGUGAGGAAUUAGUCAUUUCUCAUGAAAGUUCCCAUGCUUCUCAACCCCAUUUUUGUAACUGUUCCCUUGAUUUAAAAUUAUAAAGUCUUACAAAAAGCCAUUAUCCUAGGGGGAAGAGCAUACACAGAAAAGAACUUGCAGAGGCAUAAACUGUGAUCUUGCUUCCUGACAAGAUCCGAAGACAACGGGCAAGUAGCAAUGUCUGGGAGAGGGGAACCUAGCCCACCUACCCUGAGACCAGGCUGCCCAGGCUGACUCGGCCUUCUUCGGCAGACACUGCCUCCAGCCAGGUCAUUCCACGGGAGCCCCGGAGUCCCAGCAUCAGGUAUGCGAUCAUCCACGUCCCCUCUGAAUGGUCAGAUUGCACACAAACCCAGCCCAGACACUUCAAGACACAAGUGCUUUUUCUGCAGGUGCCUUCUGAGGCGAUCGCAAUGAGCCAAGCUCAGAUGUGACAUGGACCCUUGUAUCCUGGCAAUCAGGAAGUGAGCAGAUCCCUCUGAAAUGCACCUGGAACAGCACUCAGCCAUCUGUACCAUCCUCCAAAGUCAGAAAACUCCUGUGUGCACGGUAAGGAAAAGAUAGAAAACAGGUUACAAGGCAAGGGAUUUCAGCAGCAGGGUGAUCUCUGAUGGAGCAGAGUGGAAGACAUCUGAGGAACACAGUGCUCCAUAUGCACUGCAGAGUGAGUUCACUUUCUUUUGAGGAAAAGCCUAAAAAUUAGAAAGGAAAGAAGAGAGGGGAUUGUUUUUGUUUGUUUCUUGGUCAAACCUUUUUAUGAAGACAGGUAAAACCAUUUCAGGGACUAAAGGAUUUCCUUUAGGUUUUUUUUGCAGGAAGAGAGAAAUGGCUUGUCUGCCCUUUCUGGGAGCUGGAAGCAUUUCUCAUCAUUAUUCUUCAAGUCCUUAGAUGCUGCGCUUUACAAUAAAGUCACCAAAGUGUCUUUGGGAGUAGGUACAGGCAUCAGUCCAAGGUGCCUCUCCCUUGUUCAGGUCAGGCACAGCCGUUGUGCAUUUCUCAUGAGACUGGAAUACAGCAGAGGGUUAAGAGUGUGGGAUUUGGAGUUGCACUGCCUGGUUAUGAAUCCCAGCUCUGCCGCUGUAGCUGGGUAACCAGAGCCUGGGCCAGCAAGCCCCUUUCCUUCCUGGUGCCUCGAUUUCCUUGUUUGUAAAUUGGGGUGGUUCACCAUACCCACCUCCCAAGGCUCUCAGGAUUAAAGGCUUUAAUAUUGGGGAAGUGAACUGACCUUGUCUGGGUUCACUUCGUGAGUUUACAGUAACAGUGAGCUUCCCUGACUUCUCUGAUGUCCCCAUGUGGCCUGAAGGCUAGAUCUGAGAGUGCCACAUCCUCCUUCUGUGGAAAUGUUCAGCCUCCUGGGUUCUGUUUAGUGAGCUUAAUAGCAAACAGGGCAUUGGUAUCAAACCAGGACACCUAGGACCCCUUGAAUACCUAUGAAUGUAGUCCCUGGUAUCCCUGAGAUAUUUAAUAUUUUGAAAAGUUUCCUGGAAAUCAUAAAAUAUCCUGAAAGUGGUUUCAUAGGCUAACCCACGUCAGAUUUCCUUACCUGUUCUUGGAGUUGUAUCAGCUCCAGGUUAACGCAGCACAAAUUGAGAAGAACCUGUGACUGGGAAAAUGAAAGCAUUAUCCUUAAAUGCAAUUUAUUUCACAGACAGAAUAUUUUAGAACAUUGUCUAUCUGAAGGGAGUAAGAGGCAUCCCCUAUAAGUGAAAGUUUGAAAAUCACUACCCACUGACUCAUCCCCAGGCUUUGCCGAAGUUCAAGUUUAUUCAAUUACUGUGUGAAUGAUUCUCAUAGGUAUAGUUUUUGCUCAGAAAAAAUGUAGUAUUGAGUACAUAAAUAUGGAUAAUAUAGACCAAACAUUAUUCCUAGAGUUCCUAUAUCUGAUCAUGGAGGCUAAAGCAGUAACUUUAAAGGCAUGGCCUAUCAUAAAAUAGCUAGCAUACAGUUCUCACGUGUAAGAUCUAAGUUUAAAAAGCAAAUGAACUAGGAGAUGGUUAUCCCUACUACAAAAUCUCAUCCCUUUUGAUGUCGCCUUUGAAUUUGGAGUCCAACAGAUGGCUUCAAAAUAAAGAGUCCAUUUAAAGAA